UUGCUGUUAGUGUUCCCCCUAUACUCCCUCAUUAUAGCUCCUUUAAAGAUUCCCUUUUUUUUUCAUUGUAGAACGUUAUUGCUAGUUAUUCAAGUUAAUAAUCUUUUUGUAUCAGAAACAGUUAUUUCCCAAUUUUUGCUUUUACUCAGAACAUGAUUUAGCUUUUACUCAGAACAUUAAAAAAAUUUUUUUUACCCUCUGGUCAUUUUCCCUCUCCCACUAUUCCCAAGUUUCCUAUACUUUCUUUUCUUUUAUGAAAUGUUACGGUACCAUAGUUACCUUUUACCUGCAUUUUGACUAGAUAGCAGAAUAGUGGGAGAGGGAGAAAACAAAAGCAGCAUUCCAACAACUACUUUAUGAUCCUUGCAAAGUAUUUCAUGGUUUUUGUUUUUUGUUUUUCCAGAGAGACUGUGUGCUUUUGUUUGAAGUCUUUUUCAAAAAUCAAUGUUAGGGGAAACAAAAGUCUGAAGGAUUCAUAUCCUUUUUUUCCUCCAGAGAAAUUAGUUGUAUUUGUAUGAUGUUGGUCUGUUUACUUAACAGUGAUUGAGAGGCUAAGAGGUCAUCAUUAGAUUUUCUUUUUCUCUGACCAUUGCAGUAUCAUUGUCCUUGAACAGCUAUCUGUCAAACACAUGUUGGCCACAAUGACCAAAAAUGGCCAAAUGUAGGUACAUCAGCAUACUCCAUGAACACUUCUGGGAAAAGAUUUAAAUAUAUGCAUUUUUGGAUGCUGAGAUCCGUAAGAUGACACUAAGAGUCAGCCUUGACAAGAGUUUGUGCUUCUUCAUCUCUAAAGUAACCAGCAGAAAACAGAGUUAGAAACAUCUCUCAAGCAGUAGAGCACCAACAGGAGGACCAAAAUUCAAACUCCAGUAGCAUUUAAAAAAAUCUUGCAAUUUCCAAUCUACAGAAACAUAAUUUAAAGUUUCUGUGGAGAAGUUACCGAAUCUAUUUACUGAAUUUAUGGAGACAUUUACCAAUGAUGGUAGUCAUUCCAAAGAACAUUUGCAAUUUUAUGCCAGUGAUGGACAUAUCAGCAGCCUGAAUCAAGACUUCUUAAAUGAAAAGACUGGAUUGAAGGCAACACUUAAGGAAGCUGAGCUGGCAGCCUGUUCUGUAGAAUUACUUUUGCCAUUAUUUAAGAACACCGUUGAAGGAAUCCGUAUAGACAAUCCUAACCUUUCUACAUCCAGUUUGAAGAUUUCUGAACAGAAGAAAAUAUUAACAAAAGAAUUAGAUACUUUUAAACGUGUACAACUGGCCUUAGAACAUUUUAGAAAGACAGACUACAAACAAGCAGGAGAUAAUUUACCCAGCAUGUUGUUAAAGAACUUAACUGAUAAUGAAAGUGAAAAUAUUAAUCUUAAGAAGAAGGUUCUGGAAAAGGAAUCGUAUAUUCAAGAACUUUCAUGUUUAUUUCAGAAUGAAAAGGCUAAUGCUUUGAAAGUAAACCGCUUUUCUCAGUCAGUGAAAAUAGUACAUGAUCGACUACAGGUCCAGAUUCAUAAAAGGGAAGCAGAAAAUGAUAAAUUAAAAGACUACAUAAAGAGCAUAGAGAACAAAAUAGCCAAAUGGAAUUUGCAGCUGAAAAUGAAUAAACAAGAGACUGUAGCAGUCAAAGAAUCAAGUCGACAAACAGUCACUGCCCUGAAAAAGGCAUCGAAAAUUUAUCAGCAAAGGUUCAAACAUUUUACAGGAGAUAUUGAACACCUUACUUCCCAAAUUAGAGACCAAUGCAGAAGAACUCCUCCACUCAUUACUCCCAUGAUUUUACACAGAAAACUUAACUUGCUUAAGCUUCAAUUUCUUUAUCUGCAAAUCACUGAUCUUUUAGAAGACCUGAAGAGAGUGGAAACCCAAGGGAAAGCUUCAUGUGAAGGAAUUCUUAGAAAACUUAACUCACUUGAAUAUGAAAAUGAAACUCUGGAUCUUGAGAAUACAAAAUUAAAGACUUCACUUGCUGCUUUGAAGGAUGAAGUUGUUUCUGUUGAAAAUGAACUCAUAGAAUUGCAAGAAGUAGAAAAACAACAGAAAGACCUGAUUGAAGUAUAUAAAACUCAGGUAGAAAAGUUGCAGGAAGCAGCUGAAAUGGUGAAAAGCAGAUUUGAAAAAUUGCUAAAGGAAAAUAGCCUAAUAACAAAAAACAAAAAUAAAAAAAUAGAGAAGAUGAGAGGCCAGAUGGAGUCUCAUCUGAAGGAGGUAGACAGUGUCCGCGAUUCGUUGAUGUCAGCUGAACGGAGGCUUCAGGAGUGUCAGGAGAGUCUGCGGUGCUGCAAGGAGAAAUGUGCAAACCAGGCUCAAACCAUUAGGGAGCUUCAGGGCCAGUUUGAUGGAAGUCAUAGUCUUCUGACAAAGCUUUCACUUGAGGAAGAGAAUUCUCUCAUUCAGUUAAAGUGUGAAAACCUUAAACAGAAAUUAGAACAGAUGGAUGCAGAGAAUAAAGAUCUUGAAAAGAAGCUAGCAGACCAAGAAGAAUGUCUUAAGCACAGCAAUCUGAAGCUUAAAGAGAAGUCGGCAGAAUAUACAGCACUGGCCAGGCAGCUGGAAGCUGCUUUAGAAGAAGGAAGACUAAAGGUUUCUGAAGAAAUAGAGAAAAUGUCAUCUAGAGAGAGGGCUUUACAAAUUAAAAUACUAGAUCUGGAAGCUGAACUUAGGAAGAAAAAUCAAGAACAAAACCAACUUGUUUGUAAAAUAAACAAUAAAGCACAAUAUCAGGAAGUGUGUUUGAAAGAAAUACAACACAGUCUUGAGAAGACGGAGAAUCAAAAUGAGAGUAUUAAGAACUAUUUACAGUUUCUUAAAACUUCUUAUGUCACAAUGUUUGGAUAAAUUUUUGAAUCUAUUUUCUAUUUUAGUAUGUUUUGAUUUGUGUUAGUUCCAAUUGAAGAUACUUGAAAUCUAAUUUAUUAUCUAAUUGAAAUUGUAAGACACAAUAACUGUUUUUUUUUUUUUUUUGCUUAAUCAUUCUCAUUUAACACUUGUUUAAUUCCUUUUAAAUUAUAUUGGAUUUUAGAAUGUUUUUCCCAUGUAUGAACAGAAAUUUGAAUGUCUUUGUAAAGUUUGUCUACACCAUUCAAAUGAAUUUGUAGUAAAUCUAGGCCAAAUAUGUGAUUUUACAUAAUGUAUAUAUUUGUUUUAUGUUAUGGUGCUAAGUAAAUAUAAUAAAAUAUGCUGAACUUUA